AUGUCUGGGUCCAUACCAACAGCCAUUGGGAAGCUCACCAACCUGAUUCUCUUGUGCGCCCAUAACCUAUUUCUCUUGGCUGCUGCAUCAGUUACUCUGGGUUUACAGCACAGAUGCUACUCUGGGGUUUACAGCACACAUGCUCCUGUCUCCCUCAGGGACCUCGGUGCAACCCAGCUGUAUGGAAGUGUUCCAAGAACCCUCUCCAACCUAUCCAAGCUUCAGUUCUUUUCCAAGCUUACAAGCUUCGGCUGCUCCUAUCCUGCCUUCCCCAAACCCGUGCCAAUCGCCAUACCUCCUCCGUCCCUUCCAUUCCAUUCCUCCUCCAACCAAUUCACAGGCCGUCUACCCAGCCCCAGCUUCUCAACCACCGAGAUGUACAAAGUGAACAACAAUUUCUUCUCCCACGGCGAGGUGAAGUUCCGGAACUGUUUUGCUGUCACAUGGUCCAUCCAUGCGAACUGCCUUGCUGCCAGUAUGAGCGUCUGCAGCCGUGCGUCCACCCAGAGGCCCGCUCCAAUGUGUACUGCUUUUUGUGGGUUGGAGGUUGGCUCCACUGGCCCUGUGUGUGGGGGGCAUGGCUACUGCUCUGUGGAUGAGUUCACUGCAGCAGGGGAGUGUGUGUGCGACCCCAACUACUUGCUCAACAGCACCAACACCAACUCCUGUGUGCCUGGAGCCGUGGGAGCAUCACUGGCAUCAGGCUCGGCCUAUGUGUCGCUGCAGGGCUCAGCCGCUGUGCUUUCCAACGGCUCCAUUCUUCUCACAGGAGGGGCGCCCAACCAGCAGGGAGCAGCGUUUGCCUCUCCCUCGCUGCGCCUCUUCUACUUCCCCAACAAGCGCUCCCUCUGCGGGAUUGAGCUCGCAUUCACCGCUGCCUUCAGCUUUGCCAUGCGUCCAGCGGGCCAGGGGGCGGGUGGGGAGGGCCUUGCGUUUGUGGUGGCAGCAGUUGCUUCUGGCAAGGGGGCGAGUGUGGGGCUGGGAGGGGUGGGGAGGCGGAGUGUGGCGGUGGAGUUUGACUCGGUGCUGAGUGUGAAGCACAGCGACCCCAACGACAACCACGUGGGCGUCAAUGUGGGCGGCUCACCUGUGUCCCUCGCCUCUGCCACGGCCCCUCUCAUCCUCAACGACGCCCACACCAAGCACGCCUGGAUCCACUACGACCCCACCAGCGCCGGCACCCUCCGAGUCUUCCUUUCCUCCGACCCUCACCAGCCCCCCACCCCCACCCUCACAGCAAGCGUGUCUCUCUGCUCCGUGCUCAAGCCCACUGCAUCUGACUCUCUCUUCCUCUUUGGCUUCGUCGCCCUCUCAGGCAGCUAG